UAUGUUCUUAUUUUGCCCAAGACCUUUGGCCAAAGCAGGACAUAAAAAAUUGUUUCCAAAAAAUGAUACUGAGAAGAUAUAAAAAAUGUGGACAUGAAAAUUUACAGUUAAGAAAAUGUUGUCAAAGCAUGGAUGAGUGGAAGUUGCACAAAGAAUGUUACAAUGGACUUAACCAGUGUUUGACAACUACCCAGUGCAAAAUAUUUCAAUGUAACAAAUUUGUGAAAGUCUCUGAUAAAUUUUCAAAUUCAAACAGACAUAAGAUAAGACAAACUGGAAAUAACUCUUUCAAAUGGAAAGACUGUGAAAAGUCAUUUUGCACGCUUUCACACUUAGCUCAACAUAAAAUAAUUCAUAUUGGGGAAAGACCCUGCAAAUUUAAAGAAUGUGACAAAGCCUAUAAUGGGACCUCAAGCCUUUCUACCUGUAAAAUAAUUAAUACUGAAACAAAACUCUACAACUUUGAAGAAUGUGGGAAAACCUUUAAGCAGUUUUCACACCUGAAUAGACAUAAGAUCAUUUAUACUGGAGAGAAACCCUACAAAUGUGAGUCAUGUGGCAAAGCUUUUAACCAAUCUACAAACCUUACUACACACAAGAGAAUUCAUACUGGAGAGAAACCCUACAAAUGUAAAGACUGUGUCAAAGCUUUUAGCCAGUCCUCACAACUUGCUAAACAUAAGGGACUUCAUUCUGGAGAGAAACCCUACAAAUGUGAAAAAUGUGGAAAAGCCUUUAAGCGAUUCUCAUACUGUAUUGCACAUAAGAGAAUUCAUACUGGAGAGAAACCCUACAAAUGUGAAAAGUGUGGCAAAGCUUUUAUCCGAUCUUCAUACCUUACUAUACAUAAAAGAAUUCAUACUGGAGAGAAACCCUACAAAUGUGAGGAAUGUGGCAAAGCUUUUACCCGGUCUGCAUACCUCACUUCACAUAAGAAAAUUCAUACUGGAGAAAAACCCUACAAAUGUGAGGACUGUGGCAAGGCUUUUAGCCAGUACUCAAACCUUACUAGACAUAAGAAAAUUCAUACUGGAGAGAAACCCUACAAAUGUGAAGAAUGUGGUAAAGCUUUUAACCGGUCCUCAACCCUUACUACACAUAACAGAAUUCAUACUGGAGAGAAACACUACAAAUGUGAAGAAUGUGGCAAAGCUUUUAACCGGUUCCCAACCCUUACUACACAUAACAGAAUUCAUACUGGAGAGAAACACUACACAUGUGAAGACUGUGGCAAAGGUUUUAGCCAAUCCUCAACCCUUACUACAUAUAAUUCAUACUGAAGAGAAAUUCUAUAAAUGUUAAGAUUGUGGCAAGGACUUUAUCUGGUUAUCACACCUUACUGCACAUAAGAGAAUGUAUACUGGAGAGAAACCCUACAAAUGUGAAGAAUGUGGCAAAGCUUUUAUCCAAUCCUCAACCCUUAUUAAACA